UAUCAGAAUGUCUUGAUAACCUUUAUUAAUUCAACUUGAACCUAAACAUAAAAUCACAUGAACUCAAGGUGAACAUGAAACCUGGUAACUGUUUACUCUGUUUUCAUCACCACCAUCCAGAGUCUUGCUCUCAUACCAUUAUGUUAUGUUAUGUGUUGUUUUGAGGGGAAACUGUAUCCACUUUGCUGUUGCUUUUGUUGCUUAGCUGGUUGUUGAUUUAUCUCUAAUUUUCCUUGAGCACAGUCCAGUGUAGUCUGCUGAAGGCAUACUCUAGUGCUAAAGUUACUGAUAUUACUCAUAUUGCUGGCGUAAGUGGUGUAUUUUGAUUGUAAAUUAUACUUUAGGCUCUUUGUACUUUGGUGCUAAACAAAUUCACAGCAUUGCAGAAGCUUCAAAUAACCUUAAUCAGGAGAGCCUUUAACGGAACAUGCUGUGUAAAAGCUGUAUUUGAACACGAGGGCUACAGUUGCAGAGUCAUAGCAACAGCAAACAAGCAGCUGGGUUUCAGGCUGGAACUACAGAUGAGUCGAAGGGCCAAGCUAGAAAUAUGCAUUAAUUGUAUUAACAGCUUAUUGUGUUAGCACUUUUAAAUAACAUUGAAACCACAAAAAAACACUGUUCUAAACCAAGUCCAAUCAACAUUUCACAUGAUCUAUUGCACUAAAUCCAGUUAAAUGGCUUAAUUAUGCUAAAACAUGCAGUUGGUUACUUAUUUAAGUACAGGUGAGAUCCACGGUCAGAAAAGAAUGAAACCGGCCUAUGAUUUGUUACGUGUUAAGAGAACCAUUUUACCCCCGCAGACCUGAGGACUCCUUUCUGGAGGAUGCUGGCUAUUCAGAGAAGGUCUAGUGGAAGUCGAAAAAUGGCCUCACCAGAGGGUCCGGGGUCAUCUCAGAGUAUGAAGAAGACUAUUGGCCACCGGGGUGUUGACCCUACAGGAGAGACCACCUACAAAAAGACAACCUCAUCUGCACUGAAAGGUGCGAUCCAAUUGGGUAUCACUCAUACGGUGGGGAGCCUGAGUCAGAAGGCUGAGAGAGAUGUCCUAAUGCAGGACUUCUAUGUGGUGGAGAGCAUCUUCUUCCCCAGUGAAGGCAGUAAUUUGACUCCUGCCCAUCACCAUGGUGACUUCAGGUUUAAGACUUACGCCCCCAUCGCCUUCCGCUACUUCAGAGAACUCUUUGGCAUUCGACCUGAUGACUAUCUGUACUCCCUGUGUAAUGAUCCCCUGAUAGAACUGUCUAAUCCCGGAGCGAGUGGCUCUAUCUUCUACGUUUCCAGUGAUGAUGAGUUCAUCAUCAAAACAGUCCAGCACAAAGAGGCUGAGUUCUUACAGAAACUACUGCCAGGAUACUUCAUGAAUCUGAACCAGAACAAACGAACACUGCUGCCCAAGUUCUAUGGGCUGUACUGCGUGCAGGCUGGGGGAAAGAACAUCCGCAUUGUGGUGAUGAACAACCUGCUGCCGCGCUCUGUCCCUAUGCAUCUCAAAUAUGACCUGAAAGGCUCCACAUAUAAACGCCGGGCCUCACCUAAAGAGAGGGAGAAAGAUGUACCCACACAUAAAGAUCUGGACUUUAUGCAGGACAUGCCUGAGGGCAUCCAGCUAGAGCCAGACAACUACAACGCUCUCAGCAAGACAAUCCAGCGAGACUGCCUGCUGUUGCAGAGCUUUAAGAUCAUGGACUACAGUUUACUGGUUGGAAUCCAUAAUGUGGAUCAGGCAUACCGUGUGCGUGUGGGGGCAGGGGACAGCAGAGGGGCAGAGGGCACAGUGACACCUGACCAGCGGAGGCCACAGGCCCAAAAAGCACUCUACAGCACUGCCAUGGAGUCCAUCCAGGGAGAAGCACGUGGGAGGGGCACAUUGGACAGCGAGGACCAAUGGGGAGGCAUCCCAGCCCGGAACAGUAAAGGCGAGAGACUGUUGCUUUACAUUGGCAUUAUCGAUAUUCUACAGUCAUACAGGUUCAUCAAGAAGUUAGAGCAUUCCUGGAAGGCACUUGUUCACGAUGGGGAUACAGUGUCUGUCCACAGACCAGGCUUCUAUGCUGAGAGAUUCCAACGCUUCAUGUGCAGCACCGUGUUUAGGAAAGCAUUGAAGUCGUCCCCAUCAAAAAAGAGUCGGGGAGGCUGUGGUCAGAGUGUCGUCAGGAGGCUUGCCAUGGGCAACGCUCCUCCAGCAGCCCAAUCGAGCAGUCACACGCUGCCGGACUCUCGCCUCGUCUACCGACCGCACCUUAUCCAGUCUGAUGUAGACACAGAGAGUGGCAUGCAGUCAGGCAGACCUGAUUUGCUUCCUAUGACCCCUCCCUUGGCUGGAACCUCCAGUGAAUUUGCAACCACUAAUUCUUCACUGCCCCCACUCAGGUCAGUAGGGGUGGAAGUGCACAAAUCUGCAAGCACAGAACCUGACAAUGGCACCCCCCACUGUUUGGGAGCUGAAGCUGUGGAUGAACAGUUCGGUAAUGAAGAUGCUAUUUCUCUCAAAGACAUCAUUCCAGAGACCAACAUUUGUUUUUAAAAGAAAAGUAAGCCCGAAGACAUUAUGCAUGGAAAGGAGGGUAAAGAAAAUGGGGAAGAAGAGCCUCAGAUCAGUUGAAUGAUAUGCCCUAUCUUCCUGUGGGAGAGUACUGGAAGGAAGCCCAAACCUUUGAAGUGACUCCACAGUGGUUAAGAAGAGAAGUAGAGAAGAUACAGUGUGUGAGAGAGGCUCUCUUCUCUCCAACACAGGGUAUGCUGCUAUAACUCCAGCUGUUAACUACAAACUUCCUUCUUGGAGCUUCAGUCACCUUUCUCAGUCAGAUGCUUCACCUAAAUCUUAAAUGCUCAUAUUUCAUGCCAAUCCUGUCUACAUAAUUUGACAUUUCUAUAAUACUAAAAUAUGAAAUGUUCUGUUUUCUGAUAUUGUGAUUUAAGUUUUUGUUGUACAUUUUUAUUAAUCUUUGACAGUGGUGAUGCUAGGUGUUACAAAUUCAUUCAAAUCAGAGACUUUGUUAAUUUAGUCCUCUGAUGGAUUUGUUACUUGAUACCUAUAACCUAGCAGAUGAUAUGAAAAGCCAGUAUCUGUAGGUUGGAGAAGUGUGUUCAGGUGUGCUAGAUGAGGAGUACACAAUACAUAAUUUGGUCCUUCUCUAAACUACACUGUUGUGGCUGGGACUGUUGACACUUCAUACUGCAGUGUUAUGUAAUUAUCAAUAGAACAGCCUAAGAGUGCAGAAUUGCUUUAUACAUCUGCAUGUGCAGAUGCUACAUGGCACUAACAGGAUUUCAGUUUUAGACACCCUAUCAUGUUUAAGACCCAUUAAACUUGGUGAUGGUAUUUCCUCAUUUUUAUAUUUGAGUGAGUUCAAAUUUGGAUUUGCUUUUCUGGCCUCCCCUCUGUUGAGAUCUGUGCCCUGUGAAAAUGUUGGUGUGUGAUGAGAUGAGAAAAAUGAACACGCACCCAAUCUUCCACUUACCAGUUAAUGGUAAUUUGACAUACUCAAUAUCUGAAUGUUCACAAUUUCAGAAGCCUUUGUAAUAAGUACCUUUUUCUCCUCUGAAAGAAGCUUUUUUUUGUGUGUGUGAAAGCAGAUUUUUUUUUUUUGUCUUUGUUAUUCUGUAUUCUGCUUGUUUUAAUGUGUUUCUGUGCCAGUUGUUUGAGUUCUUUUUGUGUGAAAUGUUAAGUGUUAUUCUAAUCACUGAUUUCCUUAACCUGUGUGCAUUUGAAUGUUGUGUGUGUUACCAACAACCCCCCCCCCCCCAACCCAGUUAUUGGCAAACAAAUGUUUUAAAAGGGCCAACCAGUAGUCUAGCUUCAUACUUGGGUGAGCAUGCUCUUCUUUACAUCCACUUGUCUGCUUAAUGCCAAUGUAAUGCCAAUGGCCUUCAAUUAAUUGAUGUACUGUAUCUUUGUAAAUAGUUUUGUACAUAAUUAUUAAUGUUUUUUAUAUUUGUGUACUUGUAGGCUAAAUGACUAAUGUGCUCUUAUGAGGCAGUAGGUAUUGUCUAAGUUAGGAAAUUAACGAAUUGCUUGUUUGCUGUUGCAUCUACUCAGCAUGCCUUGAAUACAGCUAUAUUUACAGUAUAUCUUUCUGAUUUCUGUUGGAUACAGAAAAUAUUUAGACUCUAUGGACCAACCGGCAUUAAUUAUGCAAUUAGUUACUUCAGCUUCAUGCUGAUGUGUCGUUGGUGUAUUUGCAAUCAUUUACCUCAUCUAAAAGUGUUGAACUCUACAUCCAGUGCUUUAUUAUAUUUUGCUUUAGUAAAAAAAGCCUUUUACUAGCACAUUUUAUUUCCCCUGUUAUCUGUGUUCGCUUCUUAAUUUAGUAUUCUUUUGCACAAAAAGUGUGAAAGGGGUGUGGUGUUUUGUUUUUUGCUUGUUUGUUGUUUUUUUUUUUUUCUUUUUCGAAUCAUGGACAAAAAUCCGUGGUGUGUACUAACUCUGUUGAUGUACAGUUUCCAUUUUUCAUUAGGGGCAGUGUGAAGCUGUUUUAUAAACUGCACUAUGGAAGUAUUUUAAUUUGCCCUAAUUUUGUGUUUGGUCCUUUGAAUAAUCGGUGCAAUGUGGGACCAAACAUUCAUGUACUUUCUAGUAGGCUGCUGAGCUUAACCUGCGAAUAACUGUUUUUGCAGUGGAGAACUGAGCUCUUUCACUAGGAUCCAGGUGUUUGAAGGUGUAUGAGAGUACAGCUGUGUGUAUGGCAGUACAAUGGGAAUGGCAUGAUUUACUGUCUUCACUGGACAGAAUGCCAAUAUGCCGGGUCAUUUAGGCAAUUAGUGUUCUUUUCUAAGCCAGCAGUGCAGAAAGAUGCCUGACAUCAGGCUUCAUUAUAUAUCUACAUGUAACUAAACAGUAAAUGGAACAGGACUUUGUCCAUGGCCUUUUUGUUAGUUUGAGUUUAUACUUUGGUAGAAAACUGACUAUUUAUGCCAUUUAUGUAUACUUUUUGUAAACAUAAACAGUAUAAAUAUUCUGGAUUACUGAAACACUUUAGAGGCCUAGAUCAUAGUCUGCCUAACACUGUAGUGAAAUGAUCGCUACAUUAAGAAUGGCUAAACUGUUUACCUUGAUGAGUGAAGGAGAUAAGGGCACUGAAGUCAACAGAGGAGUAGCUGGAAGAAUGAGGUCUACAAGAUAUGUAGUUAAAAUGCAGAGAGAAUGUUGUUACAGGUUUUUUCUUUUUUUUAAUUAUUAUUUAUUUUUAUUAAGAGAUUUUCCAACCCUGAACAUAAGUGGCAUUUGAGACAGUAAGUUAUUUUCAAGGUCUUAAAUAAGCACUGAUUGUAUGAAGUGAUCAUUAUUUUUGCACUCUCUACUAAAGAGUAUUCCUGGACUUUGUCUACUCAGCCAUGGUUUGAAAUGUGGCUUAGGUCUGGUCACCAUAUAUUUGGGCAUGUAAAAUGACUUCAAUACAGGAAUGGCAUUCAUUCAUACAAAAAUGGCAGAGUAACACUACUGCACCAACUGUAGACCUUAAAAUGAUCCUUGAAAGACAAAAAACUGCAGUGGAUGCAAAGGCAUGGACUAAACUGCAAGCUAAAUAGGAAGUUGAGAAGAUUUUAAAUGCCGUGGGGGAGAAACUACUGCAGAAGUUGCAAGAUUUUGCAGGGAUUGAUGAAGUGGACCUUGAGGCUUGUGUGAUAUGGUCCAGAGACUAAGGCCCAAUCCCGUUUCACCUCUUGCUCCAAGCACUUAGCCCUACCCCUCCGUUUCGCGCGUUCACGUCUAGGGGUAGGGUUGUCCCGACUGUUGUUGAGAUGGAGGGGUAGGGUGAAGUGUUAGGGCUACAUGGAUCUUCAAACAGAGAUUUUUCAGAGGUGCACUGCAAACAGAGGGUUAUGAGAAAAUUCCCAGAAUGCUAUACGAAUCAUCAGCAAGAUGGAUGCACAAGUGGCCAAAGAGACACAUAAAUUUAAGUAUUUCUCUGUUAAAAAGCCGUUGUAUUGUAAGAGAAUCAUUGUAAUAGCGUUUUAUGGUCAUUUCCUUCAUAACACGCAUAAAAGUCGCUAGUAAUAUGCUGAUGUCUCUGUCGCUACCUGGCAAAAUUUACCUUAAAAUUCUACCUUAAAUGGUGCAGCAGUUACGUUCUGAUACGUGAGGUUGCCUCACCAUUUAAGGUGGAAUGGGAAAAUUCAAUCACGAAGCUGGCGAUUAAUUUUUUUGGGGGGGGGGGGCGGAGAGGGUGGUUCUGGGAAGAGGGUGGUUCUGGGCAAAUGGCUUGCACAAUUUCUUUCUGUCACAUCCUGGUUCAUGUCUGGGCCACAAGUAGUCAUAAUUUGGCACAUUGCAACAUGACAGCUUCCAGGGGCUACAGACUUGUGCAAAGAUUGUUGCGUCCUGGUCAGACUUAGAGCACAAAGUAAAAUGUACAUUUUAGCUCACUAAACAAACAUUUGUGAUUGUCUGUGGACUGGUCUCGAAUGUUAUCGGUUUCAAUUUGAGAGAUCCAAUGUUUUACAAGUGCAUUUUAGCUAUGAAAAAGAAGUUUUCUGGAUUCAGUUGUUUCACAUCUCAAUAUUCUCUCCAUGUUUACAGUCUACUUCUCAGUAUUCAUUUUCUUUUUUAGCUUAGAAAUAACAUUUAAAAUAUGUGUAUAUUUAACAUUUUUCAUGAACUGCCAGAAAUUGUAAUUACAUGUAUUGCCAUCAUGUCCAGAUUAUUAACAAAUGACACAUUUACAAGAGACCAUAGUCCUUUCUAUUGACAGGCCAGGGGCAAAAUAUACUGCAGCACUGAUUGGUUAUUUACGCUACUCUGUGACUUUUGUGCAGCAGAUGACCUUUUUUAACCAUAUGGUGCAUUCCUGGUGUCUUUAGACUUGUUGCUUAUUUUCAUUGAAAGCUUCUGGAGUGACUGAAAAAAAUCAGGCCUUUUUGUGUGACCUCACUAAUUCAAACUGCAAAACAUGACAUCUUUGUCUAAAGCCUAGCCUGUGUAUAAAGCCUUACUUCUGAGUCUGCAUUCAAAAUAUCAUCAUAAACUAUCUAGCCUCUUUUUUUUAGUGGAAUUUAUUUGAAGACAUCUUAUUUGGUUUGCAUUUCUCAACAACAUACAACAUGCUCUGAUCAAACUAACACACAGCCUCAUGGAAGUGGCUAUAGCCUUUGUGUCAGUAUGGGUCAAUCAUUUGAAUUUUAAUUUGCAUAAAUGGUGAAUGCGCAGUUCUUUGAUACAGUACUUUAGAAUACUUUACUGUAUGUCAUGUGGGUCUUUUCAGUGGUUUUGUUUUGUUGAACAAAUUCCAGCAAGUAAUGAAUGAAAACUGACUAAUGCACAACAGACACAUCAGUCUUGCACAGUUCACCGGGAAUUGUAUGCUGGCAACAAAGACACUACAUUAAGCAUAUAAACUAUUGCAAUAUGAACAUUUCUGCCAACUUGAGUUUUGGUAAUCAUAUUUAUUAAGGACUUUUUUGUACCUUUUAGGAUUACAUGCAUUUUCAAUAUUCUAUGUACUCUAGAUGAUUGUACUUAUCGUGAACAGACAGAAAAUCAUUUCUGAAACUGCAUCUCUGACAAAGGGUGGAGUUUGACACACUGUACACUGUGUUUCAGAUGUUUUUAGUUGUGUUUAAUGUAUUCUACAUUACAGUUCUGUAAAAGCUCUUCCUAUUGUUUUUUAAACAUAUGAAUGUCUGGCAGUUUCAGGAUGACUGACUGCCAUAAAUGCUUUGAUGGCUAUAUUUUUACUUGGCCUGUGUAAAAUGUGGAUAUGUAUAUAAGCAGUCACAGAAAUGCCUUGUUCCCUCUUUGUGUCUGCCGCCUGUCUUUCCAUACAUCUUUUGUGAAGUGGUGGUGGUGUUUUUUCACAUUAUCUCUCUGAUUGUAAAUUGGCUAAAAUGCUUUGAAGUAAUAAAAAAAAAUAUUUUCUAA